AGUUAGUAGCGACGUUGCUUCUGUCGCUAAUCAUUCUUCGUAGAUUAUUAUUCGCGCGUUUCUCCUUCGUUCAUUGUCAGUUUAUCGAUCUUCCAAGCGCACUGACGUUGGAUCCUCGGCAUUUGUACACGCACAACGCAAAAUUAUCAUGCUUAUGAAACAAAAUGUCGAAAGACAAGAAGAACGAAUUUCCAUCGUACGAAAAUUCCAGCCAUUUUCGAUACGAAAUUACCAUCAAAACCAAGUUUCAGUGUAGUGACUCGAAUAAUAUUUCGUUUUGAUAUGCAAAGAGAAACAGUAUGUCCAUCGAGAAAGAAAGAAGAAGGAAAUUCUUCGAAAGUGCAUAUCGCAUGAAACUGACUACUGGAUUUUAUGUUUUGUUGUUUGGCCUAACAACGAUACUCACUUUUUGUAAAGCGAAACAAGUAGAUAUCGAUGGAUUUCAAAGAGGUUGCAAACUUGAAGGAUUACAUCCACUUUUGAUCGUUACAUACAAGAAUAUUACAAUAUCCGUAGACAAGAUUACUGUACCACAUGGAGAACGUGUAACAGUAAGAUGUAGAGAACUUGGCAAGUACAAGCUCAUUGGUGAUUCUCUGUUGCACUGUCGUAACGCAAGUUGGAACGGGAAACUACCCUCUUGUACUCCGACCACAGCGAUUUCUAAUUAUACAGGAGAAACAGAGGAUGUACCGCCAACGAUCGUGUUUGGAUUACCGGCUGGUUCAGCUGCCGUUGAACCAUCGGGUGCACUCGCCGUUUUCCCUGGAAGCAUCCUCCAUCUGGAAUGUCUGUUCGCUAGAAAACUUGGUAAUCCCGAAUGGACUUGGACCUCGACGUUUCGUCAAUAUUUAACCGGAUGGGCAAUUGCUGCUCGUGAAAGGGAUUGGAAAUAUCGCUUGUCGAUAUAUUACGCGAAAGCUCAAGAUUCAGGAGUGUACACGUGUUCUACACCGCGUGGAUUAUCCAAUUCUAUACGGGUCCACGUUGUGGAUGUCCAAUGUCCCGUUUUGAAUUUACCCGAACCGUUAAUUGGUAAAAUCGAAGGUGCACGAAUGGGUCAUGGGGCAGCAUUCGAGUGUCCUGCUGGAUUUAAAUUGAAAGGCGCGGCUGGUAUAACAUGCCAAUAUAAUGGUAAAUGGUCAGCAGAAAUGCCGGAAUGCAUAACAAUUACAUGUCCAUCCAUGGAAACUCUCGAUGACACGCGGCUACAACUUCUCGAAUACAAUAAUACUUUCGGUAAUAGAGCAAUAUUUACUUGUAUGUGGGGUCAUAAAUUAUUAGGACCACAAAGCAUAGAAUGUCAAGGGGAUGGUUCAUGGAGCGGAGAUAAGCCUAGUUGCGUAGAAAUCACUUGUCCGAUUCCAUUGAUACCAAAGAGCGGGCGUAUUAUGGAACAAACAAAUCGUCAUAAUUCAGGAAGGAAGCAGCAUCAAACGCGUGUGUACAAAGUUGGAGCGCUCGUCAGAUUUGUUUGCUUGCCUGGUCAUCAAUUGUUAGGUGAGGCCUCUAUAAUAUGUACAGAGAAUGGAACGUGGUCUCAUCCGUCUCCGGUUUGCAAAGUAAGAUGUCCAUAUCCAGGUGAUCCGCCUCAUGGACGUAUUGCACCUCUUAAAUUUUGGUACAAACCAGGUGAUAACAUACAAGUAACUUGUUCUCCGGGAUAUGUAACGCCUUUGGAACCUGUAAGAAAGCCGACUUGUCGGGAAAAUGGAAUAUGGAGUGCACCCCCACCACCUUGUAGAUCAUAUAAAGAUGUUUAAAGAGAAAAAAAAUUGAACUUUAAGGAAACCUUAUCGAUGAUAGCAUUUCGUACCAAUGUAUUACGUUGUAAUGGUGCGAAAAAAUUCAAUUCCAAUACCGUACCGCCUGAUUAAUGAAUUAUGCUACGUCAUAAAGAAUUCCAUUAAAAACAUUACAUUACACGAUCUCGUGCAUAAAUUAGCACAUUAUUUGAUCGUAAAGUAAACGAUACAUAUCAACGAAUCUACACGAAUCGAAUUUUCAUGCAUUCAAAAUGAUUAAUCGCCUAUAUCAGUUGUUUUCUUACAAUGUCACUUCAUGAUUGUUAACAUUGUAUAUGCUAUUUGAGAGAUAUAUACAUUCGAUGCGUAAGAAUUUUGACGACGGUACGUAAAUUUAGAUUCCAAUUUCGAGGUUAAUCAAGUCGUUAAUUAACCUCGCAAGUUAUUUAAUAAUAAUAAUAAUAAUAAUAUCGGACAUUUUUUUACUAAACAAAAACUAUUAUAAUAUACAUACCAUAAAAUUACGAAAAACAAAUGGAACAACGAUUGUGUCAUUUAAAAAAGAAGUUGUAUGAGCUUAGAAUAGAAAAGCCAAAUAUAGAAUUGCGUGCACAAUAUGACGAUAAAAGAGGAGAGAAAAGAAAGAAAGAAAGAAGGAAAGAGAAGGGGAAGAAAGAGCCAUGUAUAUUCAGGAUACGUGUGCAAUAAAAGAAUGCGAUAUAGAUUGUACGAUGCCUAAUUCUAACCUUUAGGAAUAUCUAGGAUCUCACAUUUUCCCCUUGUAUGUGAUAUGUCUUUGUAUGUAAAAUAAAAUUACGUUAUUCUCUAAAA